CUCAACAUAAGCAUUAGUUUACAAGUGAUGUUGUGUUGUGGUGUACGAUCGAAUUUUAUUUACCACAACACAUUUGAAAUAAACUGAGCCCAGAUAAUCAAUGCCUUCAUUUCCUUUGAAACAAUCUAGUGACGUCACCAGAUUAGAAACUCGUCUUUUAAAUAGUUUCAAUUAUCUCGGAAAGCUAGCACAUUUAUCGUCUUUUUCAUCUGCAUCCAAUGGAAACAACCAGUGUAGCAGUAGAUUCUACGCAGUCAGAAGUAAAUUUGAACUUGCAUCGACAGAAACAGACUAUGCAUAAGUCCAAAAUUAUCACAGUGUGCAGUGAUUAAAUAAGAAGGGGUCAGUUUGUACAGUGACAAAGCCAUGGAUUUUCUCAGGAUUUUAAAACCGAAGAGGAACAAAUUCUCAGAGGAACUGAUAACACAAACUGUGGAUUUGGAAAACGAGGAUGUGAUAAAAGAAACGCCAGAACAAACUGAAGACAUACUUAGUUUCAGAGUUGACUAUCUAGGAUCCCUUCAAAUCCAUAGCAUACCAGAAUUCAAUCCAGAGAAGGCCUUGAAAGCCCUGAAACACGAGAGAGAAAGUAAAAAGAAGAAACCACAGAGGGGAGUCAUCUUGAUAUCAAAAAAUUUCGUCAUACUGACGGAUAUGAGAAGAAAUGAAAUUUUCAAAAUACCCCUUCUCAGGAUACAGAGUUGUAGUAUGGACCCAUUCAACAAAAACGUAUUUUUCUUUAUAAAUGAGAACCAAAAUCGUAGGAAGACCUAUAAUGCCUUCUUCUCAGAGAAAUGGAAGAUGGCCUAUAAUGCUGCUCAAGCUAUUGCUCAUAUGUUUAGUCAAUCUCACGAUAGGUACUUGAGAGAGCUGCAGGAUAAAAAAUUUUUUAGUCAAGAGAAAAAAGAGGAAAACAAAGAAGAUUCCUUUGACCAAAGAUGUAGUCUCGAUAUGAUGGAUUUCUCUAUAGAUUCUAGUCAAAACAAGUCAGAGAAUGAAGCUGUAUCUAAGAACUGGAUAUCUUUCGAUGAUUGAAAAUGGCUCUGUGUGGUUUAGAUGAGAGUUUGAAAGCAUCGAAAUAUUUUGAAUAAAAGAGAUAUCAAUACUUCUAAUAGAAGUACCUACUGAAUUUGAAACCUAAUGAAUGAUUGAAAAUUAUUGAAUUUAUUGUUGUUAGUAUAGUCGAAUUUUACAAUUAAUUUUUAAGUUGAGAUGAUUAUGUAGAUUAUUGUGAUAUACAGAUUUUAUCUUUGUGCCUUCCCAAUCAUGACAAUAUACAUUUUAAAAUAA